AUGGGAAACGGGGACGAGAAGAAUGCGGAAACGGUCGAUCCCAUCACGGCUCAGAAGGGAGAAAGCAUCGAAGAGAAGGUUUCCAUUGAAGAAAUAUCAAGACAACUCAGUGCCACCCCUGAAGAAGUCCUCGAAGCCAGAGAACAUUCCCUUACAAUUUCUCUUGAGGAGGCCAAGGAGUCCGCCGAAAGACUCGUCCACCAACACGGCCUCGACCCCAACUUCCCAGCCGGCGCUAUCGAGCGUCUCAAAGUCUUUCUCGCCAAUGACGAUAUCUUCUCCAACCCCGAAUCGCAUACUCGCGAGAUCUCCGAGGUCAAGAUUGAAGUCUCCCUCUUGACGACUAACAGUCCAUACGCCGAGGUGCGUGCCGUUGUCGAUUCGCACGAUGACGUCACCCUCCCCGUGAGCACAAUCCGUGCCUGGGUUAUUGGCAUAUUCUUCGUCACCUUCAUUGCAUUUAUCAACCAGUUGUUCAGUGUGCGCCAGCCAUCUAUCAUCCUCCGUGCCGAGGUGGUUCAGUUGUUGGCGUAUCCCGCAGGGAAAGCAGCAGAGAGAUGGCUUCCCGAUGUCGGAAUCACACUGUUCGGAGUGAGACACACUCUUAACAAUGGGCCGUUCAACAAAAAAGAGCAUAUGCUUAUCUCAAUCAUGGCAAGUGUCGGAAAGACGCUUCCCAGUUCUAGAUAUAUUAUCUUCACACAGUGGAUGGACAGGUAUUUCGGGCAGAAGUAUGCAAAGUCGUUCAGCUACCAGAUCCUACUGGCACUAUCAACAAAUCUUAUGGGAUUUGGCCUUGCUGGCCUUUGCAGGAGAUUCCUAGUGUAUCCUGCCUUUUGCCUGUGGCCUGGCUCGCUCGUCACCAUCGCACUAAACAGCUCUCUCCACAACGAAACAAACCCCCCAGUACCUGGUCCGUUCAACAGGUUUUAUAAAAUGUCCAGAUAUCGAUUAUUUGUGGUCGCGUUUUCCAGCAUGUUUGUAUGGUUCUGGUUUCCUGACUACAUCUUUCGUGCCUUGUCACUCUUCAACUGGAUGGCCUGGAUCGCACCCAACAACUUUGCCCUUGCCACCAUCACCGGAGUCAGGAACGGUCUAGGGUUCAAUCCCUUACCUACAUUCGACUGGAACGUUGCGACUCACAUUAUUCAACCACUGGUUGUUCCAUUUCGUGUCACAUUCAACACCUUUAUCGGCGUCAUCCUGGGAGGCAUCACAAUCAUCGGCCUCUACUGGACCAACGCAUACAACACCGCAUACCUUCCCAUAAACUCCAACCUGAUGUAUAAUCACUUCGGCAACCCCUACAACGUGUCCAGGAUUCUUGAUAGACGUGGAUGGCUUGACGAGGCCAAGUACCAAGCCUACUCUCCAGGGUACCUGGCUGCUAGUAGCAUUACCAUGUACUACUUCUUUUUCGCAGUCUAUUCAGCGACGGUUUCAUACGCCAUUCUGUAUCAUCGUCAUGAUAUAGCUAUUGGGUUUCGUAGCUUUGUGCGUAGCUUCAAGAAAGAAGCUUCAGACGACUACAAGGAUGUUCAUACCAAGAUGAUGUCCAACUACCCCGAAGUACCCGAGUGGUGGUAUCUCAUUCUUAACCUGGCUGCCAUUGCUUUCGGUAUUGCUGCCGUUGCUGCAUGGCCCACCGAGACCAGCGUCGGCGUCGUUUUUUUCGGAAUCGCCCUUGCACUGGUCUUCGUCAUUCCAACCGGUAUAAUCUUUGCUACUACUGGAAUGGAGGUUGAGUUUAACGUUCUGGCCGAAUUUAUCGGAGGUGCCGUUCAGCCGGGCAACGCUCUAGCCAUGAACUUCUUCAAGUGUUUUGGCUAUGUCACCACGGCUCACGCAUUAGACUUCGCCAACGACCUCAAACUCGCGCAUUAUCUCAAGAUUCCCCAGCGUCACACGUUCUUCGCCCAGGUUGUGGCUGUAUUUGUCUCGGCAUUCGUAUGCACUGGCAUCAUGAACUUCCAGAUUGAGAGCAUCCCUGAUCUCUGUUCCACGCACCAGAAAGACCGAUUUACGUGCCCCGGUGUCAACACUUACUUCACAGCUGCUGUGCUGUUUGGUAGUCUUGGUGCCCGUAAGGUCUUCGGCGCGGGAGGCAUUUAUACCGCGCUUUUGUCAGCCUUCCCUGUCGGCUUUGCUGUGCCAUUCGUUCUAUACUACUUCCAGAGGAAGUUCCCUCGCACUCAUUGGUUUUCCAAGAUUCAUCCCGUUAUGAUUCUUAGCGGAGGUAUCAGCUGGUCCCCCUAUAAUAUUGCCUACAUGUGGCCCGCCGUUCUUCCCGGAUGGUUGAGCAUGGUGUACUUUCGGCAGCGCUACCUAGCAUUCUGGUCCAAGUACAACUACGUCUUCUCAGCAGCCCUUUCAACAGCCAUAGCCAUUGCUGGUGUCAUCAUCUUUUUUGCUGUCAGUUACCAUGGAUUAGAGCUCAAGUGGUGGGGCAAUCACCCAGAGAGUGGAUGUGAAGCGACGGCUUGCACAAGGCUGCAGUUGCCCCAAGGCGAGUACUUCGGACCACGCGUUGGCAAUUACGCAACAUAG